UGCCACGUGUAGGUGUCAGCACUGACAUUUUACGUGAAAAUGGCAGCCACACUGAGAGAAAAGCAGACGGCUGCAUUGAAACGUAUGUUAAACUUUAACCAGCUUCCAACAAAGCAGUCAUCGUCGGAACCUCAAUGGAAAAUCCUCGUUUACGACAGGUUUGGCCAAGAUAUAAUAUCUCCCCUGUUAACGGUGAAAGAGUUACGCGACAUCGGAGUAACUCUGCACUUGAAUUUACACUCCGACCGAGACCCCAUUCCAGACGUACCGGCGAUUUAUUUCGUUAUGCCAACGGAAGAAAAUAUCCAGAGAAUAUGUCGAGAUUUGAACAACCAGCUUUACGAAUCAUAUUAUUUCAACUUCAUAUCUGCCGUAUCGCGUCAGAAGUUAGAAGACAUCGCAAGCGCCGCAAUUCAAAGCAACUCUGUGGUUCAAGUUGUUAAAAUAUUUGACCAGUAUCUCAAUUUUAUAUCAUUGGAGGAUGAUUUUUUCAUUCUCAGACACCAAGACAAAGAUUCUAUGUCUUAUUACAGUAUAAAUAAGGGAGAUGUCAAGGACACUGAAAUUGAACAUACAAUGGACACCGUAGUCGAUAGUUUAUUUUCGGUGUUUGUUACACUAGGCGUUGUUCCAAUCAUUCGAUGCCCACGCGGAAACGCUGCGGAAAUGAUAGCAGAAAAGUUGGACAAAAAACUAAGAGAGAACAUCCGGGAUGCUAGAAAUAGCUUGUUUGCUGCAGAAAGCAUACCAGGUCAGUUCAGUUUUCAGCGCCCUCUACUGGUACUCCUAGACCGCAACAUUGAUCUUGCAACUAUGCUACACCACACGUGGACAUACCAGGCACUAGCACAUGAUGUUCUAAACCUUAAGCUGAACAGAGUGGAAAUAGAAGAAGUUUCGGAAAUCCGAUCACAAGCAGGUUCCCCAAGACCACUGAAAAAGAAAAAAACUUAUGACUUGAGCAUGAACGACAAAUUUUGGCAAACGCACAAAGGUAGUCCUUUUCCAACAGUCGCAGAAGCUGUACAGAAGGAACUGGAUGUCUACAGGACACAAGAAGAUGAAGUGAAGAAACUAAAAGCGGCCAUGGGGUUAGAAGGGGAGGACGAUUCAGCCAUCAGCAUGUUGUCAGACAACACUGCGAGGCUGACAUCGGCUGUCAGUUCUCUUCCCGAGCUGCUGGAAAAGAAACGUCUCAUAGACAUGCACAUGAAUAUUGCUACAGCACUGCUAGACCAGAUCAAAGGGAGAAAACUAGAUAUUUAUUUUGAAUCCGAGGAGAAAAUGAUGAGCAAAGCGUUAUUGGACAAAUCACUGAUGGAUUUGAUUUCUGAUCCAGAAGCGGGAACACCUGAAGAUAAAGUUCGCUUGUUUGUCAUUGCCCUCUUAUGCGGCCCACCCAUGUCCGAAGCCGAGAUCGACCAGUAUUGUGUCGCACUGCAAGGAGCUAAUUGCGAUGUCGCGUCUAUCCAGUACAUCCGUCGAUGGAAGGCCUACGCAAAGAUGACCGCAGCCCCCAGCCAGUAUGGUGGAGGGGGUAUCAGCACGGUCAGCAUGUUCUCCACACUCGUUUCGAAGGGCUCCCAGUUUGUGAUGGAAGGUGUGAAGAAUCUGUCGGUCAAGCAGCACAGUCUGCCGACCACUCGGAUCGUAGAUGCCCUGAUGGAGCUCAAAUCUCACCAAGAUGUUGACGAGUACAGAUACUUCGACCCCAAGCUGCUCCGAGCAGACAGCUCGUCCGUGCCACGGAACAAGUCACCUUACCAGGAUGCGUUUGUGUUUCUUGUCGGCGGAGGAAAUUAUAUUGAGUACCAGAACCUUAUUGACUAUUCCAAGCACAAGUCGGUACCCAAACGAAUUGUGUACGGGUGCAGUAAUUUGGUGAACACGUCAGAGUUUUUGAGACAGCUCUCGCACCUUGGCAAUGAAAUCUGAAAGUUGUACUACUACUGUUUAUUCUAAUUUGUUUUAAAACGUACGAGACUAACAUUUGUCAAGAGAGAUCGAUAAUAUCUUGAACUGUUAAAUUUAUCUUUGUUACUGCAUAAAAUUUAUUGUGCUUGCUCAACACACACUUUGAUGUGACAUUUUUUAAUACCAGGUUUAUCAUUACUGAUAUUACAUGAUAUGGGAAGUCUUCAUUAUUCCUCUCCCUCCCCCCCCCCCCCCAACAAAUUUUCAAAGUAUUUGUUAGAGUAGGGUUAGGGAUAGUUAUGCACAGCCCUCUACUUCAACUUUUCCAUCUAGGAGUCUGAUGGCGCCUAUUUGUAUUUUCAUAUAGAUAGUAUAAAAUGUUUUAGGGCGCCAAAUGAAAAAAAUUGUCACUUAUACGACCAAAUCAGUCACAGUGUAUAUACAAUAUCUUUUAAAUAAUUUUAUUCUAUAAAACCAACAUAAGUUUAUAUUUUGUAUUCCAAUAUCGCUAUGCUUUGUCUUAGAAUAAAUAGCCAUUUUGGAAUUCUGUGUAAUGUUUCCACCACAAAGAUGCUUUUGUGAAACAUUAAGCACAGAAGACAGAAUGUGAAAUUAUGGGACUUUUAGUUCGUUUUAUUCCGUAGAUGUUCGGUUCAUUCAAUCACAGUACACCUUUGGAGGUUUAUAAGUAUUAAAAUACAAUGUUAAUUGUACCACUGUGAGGUCACGUGGUAGGAGUGCCUGGCUACAGUACCCAUUGUCUGGAGUUCGAAUCCAAUACUUAGCAUUACGUCAUUUGUAGUGUUUAAUGCAAUAUUCAGUUCAUAUUGCUAAUUCUAUACCCCAAAUGGGGAGUAAAUACAGAAGUCUUUCUGUCAGGGGACCAAAAUUCUAGAUGAAUUUAUAUGAUCAAUAGGUUUUCGAACCUAUUUAAAAUAAUAAUAAAAUGGAUAGAAUGUGUGUAUUAAGCCUACUAAUAUUGGUUAAAAUUUUAUCAUAUAUGAUCAAGUGAGAAGCAGGUCUAUAAAUUAGUCCAAAAAUUAACUUUGUUUCAAUUGCAAUGUGGAAAACUUGAUAUGAAAUUAAAAGCAUGAGUAUUGUCACUCGAUCAAGUAUUUUACAAUAUUUGCAAUACUGUAAAAAAAAAAAAUAUGGAUGCAAAAUUACUUAUAUUUGCUGCAUGUCUGUGUCAAUUUUGAGCCUUGCAGUUAAUGUGAAAUACUGACUUAUUACUCAAGCAGUAUCUGUAUUUGCUGAAUGAGUUAUUUCCCUUAAUUUAAUUUAAAAUACAAUGUAUGUACAUUUUUCACUAAACAUUUACAUGCAAGUUCAUCAUUGUAUUCAGGAAUUUUAGACUGUAGCGACUGAAGUUUAUAAGUGGGUCGAGUCAUACUCUGAAAAUUAAUAUUGAAAAAAAAAUAUUUGCUUAAGCAUGAAGGGGUUUAAUAACUUAAAAAAGAAGAAGAAUUAAUCAUUGCAGCAUAUUCUGUGCAAUAUUGGUUAUGCUAUUAUCAUUUAACUAUUUUCAGAAUAGAUUUAAUAAACAUUAUUUUGUUUACCUUC